UGGAUUUUUAUUUUGUGCAGGAGGUUGAGCAGACCUACAUUAUGAUCAAACCUGACGGUGUUCAGCGUGGUCUGGUUGGAGAGAUUAUUUCUCGCUUUGAGAAGAAGGGCUUUUUGCUGAAGGGGCUGAAACUUUUUCAGUGCCCCAAAGACUUGGCUCAGGAACAUUACAAGGAUCUUAAGGAGAGACCUUUCUUUCCCAAUUUAAUCGACUACAUAACUUCUGGACCUGUAGUCUGCAUGGCCUGGGAGGGUGAUGGCGUUGUUGCAUCAGCUCGCAAACUGAUCGGAGCUACUAACCCCCUUCAAGCUGAACCAGGGACCAUAAGGGGCGAUCUUGCAGUUCAAACAGGAAGGAAUGUCGUCCACGGAAGUGACAGCCCUGAUAACGGCAAGCGAGAAAUCGGAUUAUGGUUCAAAGAGGGUGAGCUUGCUCAAUGGGAAUCAGUUCAAACACCCUGGCUUAUAGAGUGAUCUUUGCAUAUCUCUGCAAGAACCUUGAUCCAAUACUUAUUUGGUCAACUUGAUUCUGAGGGGGCCAUGUAUGAGUUUACUUCUACCAAGUAAAGUAGCCAGUCAGUGCUCCAAAAUUUUCACCAUUGCUCACCUGUAUGUUCUUUCUUUCUUUGUAAUGUUGAGCGGGUUCAGAACUCUGGCCUUUGGUCAGUAUAAAUCUUCCUGUUGAGAACUUUCCUCUACUCGGAUGUUAAUGUUUUGAUGAAGAAUCAAUGCAAAAAAGUUCCAAGGCGUGGACACCGUAUCUCUUCUA